AUGAUAUCCCUGUCGGCUAUUAGAACAUAUUUCACCAACCGUCGCACUGAACGUCUCGAUGGAGUUCCACAGUCAGUAGCUGGGCAAAAUUCACUUUGGAUACCUUGUCUGGCUGCUGCUUGUCUCGGUGGUGUCUUGUUCAUAAUUGCUGCAGUGGUUGUGCUUGCGUUGAUUCCGCUGUAUUUGCCAACAAAAGGUACUAGCGUAAAUGUUAGCACGAAUAACAAAGUGAGAUUACUUACUGCAUCGUUUGCUAGCAAUAUUGACAACGAUGCAUCAUCACUUCAACUAACAAACUAUGAUUCGUUAACUCAACAAUUUAAUGACCAUCUUGGUUAUAAAAACAAAGAAGUCACUGUUACAAGUGCCAAUAUUAUGAGCACAACGGCUAAAAAUCUAAAAAAGAAGAAGAGGAAACGUCAAACAAGUGAAUUGUCCUGUGACAAUACUGUACGUGGAAUCCGAGCUACUAGCAAAGGGAAGGCCAGGCUAUUUGUUACGUUUUAUCUUAACUCGUGCCCCGGGUCUCAAUGUAAAACUGAUAAAUGCAUUGAAAAAUGCUCAGGAAGUAUUCAAGCAACCAUUCAAUCAGUAUUCAGCUCGGGUUCGAUAUCACUGAAAAUUCAAUUAGCCAAUGGAACCACCAUCACAACAUCACUUCGGAUUUGUUCUUUCAAUCAACCAGUUCCAGUAACAACAGUUUCUACGUCAACGACAUCAGCAUCAUCUACAAUAGCUACAACUGGUCCUACCACCACAGCUCCGUCAACGGCAACCACCACUGGUCCACCGACGACAACCACCACUGGUCCACCGGCCACAACCACUACUGGUCCACCGACGACCACCACCACUGGUCCGCCAACGACCACCACCACUGUACCACCACCGACACCACUACAACCACCGAUACUAGUACCACCACCGACACCACUACAACCACCGAUACCAGCACCACUACGGGCACUAGUACCACCACUGAUACCACUACAACCACCGACACCAGCACCACCACCGACACCACUACAACCACCGAUACUAGUACCACCACGGAUACCAGCACCACCACCGAUACCAGCACCACCACUGAUACUAGUACCACCACCGACACCACUACAACCACCGAUACUAGUACCACCACGGAUACCACUACAACCACCGACACCACUACAACCACCGAUACUAGUACCACCACUGAUACCACUACAACCACCGAUACCAGCACCACCACUGAUACUACUACAACCACCGAUACUAGUACCACCACCGACACUAGCACCACCACGGAUACCAGCACCACCACUGAUACUAGUACCACCACUGAUACUAGUACCACCACUGAUACUAGCACCACCACCGAUACUAGUACCACCACUGAUACCACUACAACCACCGAGACCAGUACCACCACCGAUACCAGUACUACUACGGAUACUAGCACCACCACGGAUACCAGCACCACCACCGACACUACUACAACCACCGAUACUAGUACCACCACCGACACUAGCACCACCACCGAUACCAGCACCACUACGGACACUAGCACCACUACGAACACUAGCACCACCACGGAUACCAGCACCACCACCGACACUAGCACCGCCACGGAUACCAGCACCACCACCGACACUAUUACCACCACGGAUACCAGCACCACCACCGACACUAUUACCACCACUGAUACCACCACAACCACCGAUAGUACCACCGCCACCAGUAAUGGGUAGACAGAUUGACGGUUUUGAAAUACUAAGCUGGUGA